AUGAUUCCAAACUUGCGACCCCCUGAGCCAGAUUUCUCCUCUCUCUUUCUAUGGAUUGUACUCGAUUGGCAAGUUCUUGCGACGAACCAUACCGUCUCCUUGGAACCAUUCACGACGGAAUUGCUUGGCAGCACCAUCUGGAGUGUUGGUCCAUUCGACAGUGAUACGGUCGUUGUUGGUGUCCUGAAAUGGGAUUCUAGUUUAUUAUGUUCUAGAAGCUUUGGGUAUCCAGUACUCACCUCCUGCCCGAAGGCGAAAGCGUCGCAAGAGACGGCGAGAAGAACAGCCUCCUUUGGGUCGAGGACUCCACAUGGUGGGUCGACUCCGAGUCUCUUCAUGUUGGUGGUCUUGAUACCGUAUCCAAUACGACGAGCAGACGAGUUGAUCACCUUGAUGUGGAAAUUGGAAAAACGAAGAAGAGAAGAAACGUGUAGAAGCACCGAUUCAUCUUAUUUCGUUCAGGUUCUUCUUCUUCUUUUCCUUCUUCUCAAGGGACCAAAACUUCUCAUUUUAUUUUCUCUUUUCUCUGUUUUAACUGCCAACACGUUCAUCAUUGAGCAUCAGAAGACGAAGACGUCGACUAUUUUGAAUGAAGCGGAAAAUCAGAUAACAGAGAUGGAUAUGUGCAAACGUCAUCGACUCUAG